AUGUCCCAUCGGAUCGGGUCGUGGACUAGGAGUUUAAAUUGCCCGGACGUGACGACGGCGACGACGCAGUCCCCUCUCACUCCCUUCGCCUUUCCCUCGCAAUCCCCUCACACUCCUCUCUCACUCCUCCCCUCACACUUCCAUCCCGCACCCCAGCACUGGCAGCACGUGUCAGGAGUGGGCUACGCCAAUUUCCGCGCCUUCCUGCGCGCUCAGCGGGACACGUGGCGGCAGGAGCGCGAGGCAAGCAGGGAGGAGGAGAGGCGCGCAGCACCCGCAGCGCCCCAUGCUGACGUGGCUCCUUUAGAAGCUGUUGCAGGGCAGAAGGCUCAAGGGAAGGUCGAUAUGGGGGAGGUCAGCAUGGGGGAGGAGUUUGAUACGGGGAAGGCUGGUAUGGGGGUGGUUGUGGGGGAGUUGGGAACGGUUCAGGUGGACGGAAUGACAGUGGCUGAUCUCCAUGGAGAAGAAGAAGAAGGGUUGGAAGAACGUUUUACGAAGCCUUCAGCUGAGGCUGUUGCGGCAGGACAGAGCAGGGAGAAGCUUGAGGAUGGUGCAGAGGGUGCAGAGGGUGCAGGGCACAGGGAGAGUGGAAUAGUGGAGGAGGUGGCGAUAAGGGUUAGUGCAUCCAGUGGCGCAGGUGCUGGUGUGUCUUCUAACGCGGAUAGGGACGGGGAGAGAGGGGAUGAGGGAGGCGGGAAUGAAGUAGCAGCAUCAGCAGAAGCAGCGGCAGAAGAUCAAGGCGACAAGUCAAGGCCGACAUCUGCAGCAUUGACAUCAGACAGCAAGCAGCAGCAAGACAGAAUUGGCAAGCAGAAGGACGGCAAGCAGCCGCCGUCCCCUCCGUCCCUCCCUGCUGGCUUCACCUCCUCCAUCUGCAGCGUUCUCCCUGAAGCUUCUCGGAACGUUCUUCCUCCUCCUCCGUCUCGCCCUGGUCCUGGCAAGGCAGCAGCGGCAGCAGGGGAAGCGGAGGGGAGGAAGGGGGCGAGGAGAGGGAGCGAAGGAGCAGGGAGCGAGGGGGGUGCGGGGAAGGCGCUGGAGAGGAGGAGAUCGGCAGGGGAGGUGGUCGCAGGGCGGGGGAGUGGGGAGGUGGGGCCACCUGUGCGCAUGUGUGCUGUCUUCGAUGACUGCCUCGCCUCAGUGAACAAGGUGCAGUUCGCCCGGCACCACCCUGACCUGCUCGCCUAUGGGGCAGCGGACGGCACACUGCGGCUGUGCUAUGUGCCGUGCAGCCGGGGGGGCAAUAGGAUAGGCGGCACAGGAGGGAAGAGGGGAGCUGUGAAUGUGGCGCGGGUGAAACAUGAGCUCAAGGGACACACCAAGGAGGUUACUGACUUUGAUUGGUCCACGGAUGACGACUACCUGUGCUCGUCGUCUGCUGACAAGAGUGUGCGCGUGUGGGACGUGGGGUCGGGGCAGUGCCUGCGCAUCAUCUACACCGUCAUUCCGCAGACCUGCAUCAUCUUCCAUCCGCAAAACAACAACUUCCUGGUGGUAGCAAACAGCAAGCGAGAACUGACAGUGAUGAACUUCAGCACGGGGCGAGUGGUGAGCCGCGUGGCCAUGGACAGCAACGUCACCGCCCUCGUGGCCGACCGAACCACCUCCGCCCCCGCAGCAGCAACAGGCUCUGCCACCAGUGGCAGCAGCAGCAGCAGCAGCAGCGCAGGCGGUGCAGCAGGCAAGGCAUCUACAUCCGCAGCAGCAGUGGCAGCAGGAGGCAGUGGUUUCGGCGGGGGAGCAGGGGAGGCGGACAGUGUGGUGUUUGUGGGCGACAGCGAGGGCGCCAUCCACAGCUUCACGGUGGACAAGCAAUCGGGCGCUCUGCAGCGCCGCCAUAAGACUGUGGCUGGCGUUGUCCACCCGGCUCCUGUCGCGUCGCUGCAUUUCAGCCCGACUUCUGUGUUAGCGAAUGGGCCGGUGCUGCUGGCGUGUAGCAAGGACGGCUGCGUGCGCUUCUACACCACCGCUCUGGAGCUGAACGGCUACCUCUUUCUUAAGAUCUCGCUUCAGCUCUCCUCGCGAGCCACCAACAUGAACGCCACCUUCUGCCCCCCGCUUGGGCCCUCGGGGUCGGGGGAAUACAUUGUGACGGGCAAUGCCGACCACCACGUGUACUUUUACGACUUCAUGAAGCCACGCAGUCCGCUCGUGGCCCGCGUGCCGGUGAGUUUGGCACUCGCUUUUCCAGAGUCCCUCUUCCGCCCUGCAACUGGUGUUGCUCACGGUUCGCUCACCGUUCGCUCUCUACUCUCCCCGUCUCUUCCCCCUCACACCCCCACCUCCACCCCUCUCACGUUCAUCCCACUCCUCUCUCGAUCUCAGGGUCACAAGGCGAUGGUGGUGGACGGUCACAAGGCGAUGGUGGUGGAUGUGAGUUGGAACAACAGCAACACUGUGCUCGCCUCACUCUCCCCCUCUCCCCCUCCUUAUCUCCCUGCUCUCCUCCCACUUUCCUCCCUCUCAGGGUCACAAGGCGAUGGUGGUGGAUGUGAGUUGGAACAACAGCAACAUGGUGCUUGCCUCCUGUGA